AACUUCACUGUGGAAGUACUUAGACCAUAGACUAACAUUUCACAGUUGUGUUAGAGAGAUUUCUGGCACUUACACAAAGACGGCAGUCUUCUCUGACUACACUUAAACAACCGUUAGAUGCCAAAUUUAUUGUUGGAUCGUCGUUUCUGAUAAACUGAGGGACAACAUUGCACGUCUAGGAUGUAUACGGCCGGACUCAAUCCGUUUUACGCAUCAAAUUUUAGUCUUUGGUCUGCUUAUUGCGCGGGUGGUUUCGCUGUGGAUACAACGAAGAAACCCUCCUUUUGCAUUGCUGACAUAUUGCAGGUCGGGGAUGCUGAGAAUAUUCCGGGAUCCUCGGCACUAAUGGCUCAUAUGGGACACCGCUCUCAGGUUCACUCCUCUGGAUCUCCGCUGCGACCUUCCCCCCUGGGUCCAGAGCAAUCCGUCUACAGUGGGAGAUUGAACCCCGGGUCUCCGUAUCAAAGACACGGAAUACACGUAACUUCAGUUUCGAGAACAAGUCUCAACACCCAACAGGCUCCCCCACCGUCAAGCAAGGACCUCAAGUUCGGAAUCGAUCGGAUAUUGUCAAGUGACUUUGACCCCAAAACAAAAGAAAUAUCAUCUUUAAGAGAUCUCUCGUCCAUUGUUAGCUCGAACCGUCAGUCAGGGAUCCACUUGCCCGUGCAGACAUCGGCGAGCCACUACUUCGCAUCCAUAGAUCCGGGGAUGAGCGACGCGUCCUCCAUGAUGAGCUCACUAAACAGCGCCCGGCAAUCAGGGCAGCAUCAGUUUCAGGACACCUUUCCAGGUCCAUACGCUGUCCUCACUAAAGACACGAUGCCGCAGACAUACAAAAGGAAGAGGUCCUGGUCGCGGGCGGUCUUCUCUAACCUGCAAAGGAAAGGACUUGAGAAACGUUUCGAAAUACAGAAAUACGUCACCAAACCCGACAGAAAACAACUGGCUGCCAUGCUGGGUCUGACGGACGCCCAGGUCAAAGUGUGGUUCCAGAACAGGCGCAUGAAGUGGAGGCAUUCGAAAGAGGCCCAGGCGCAGAAGGAGAAGGAGAUGGAGGUGCCGAACAAGUCAUUGACCGAGACCGAGCCCAAAGAGCCGGAAGAAUCGGAGUGUGAGAGCGAAGCGAGUGAGUCCGAAUUCGAGGAUGGACCGGAGGACAAGAGUGACGUGGACAUUUCUGAGCACAACAAGACUAGCGUGAUUAUGACCGGGGCCGCCCCUGUGAGUACCGCGGAGGAGGCGACGUCAGUCGGUGGUGCACUCACAGAAACAGUUGCAUCGUCGCAAAUGUUGAUAUGAGUGCGCGGUCAAACGUUUUUUAAUAUAAAAUUAAUAAUUUAAUAUAAAUGUUAUUUUGAUAAAUUGAUAUUCAGAGCGUAGUUUGUCUGAAAGUGGAGUGCCAGUAAUAUUGUACAGAGUAGCCUAUCGGGUUAUUAUUUUCACCUUCGUGUGCCUCCAUCGUUUAGCUCGGACGUCAGUAGGCCUGUUUGGCAAUAUGUAUGACUUUUUCCUCAAAUGAAGUAAAUAUUUUGUUGUGAAUUUGUAUCUGAACCACUUGUCCGCGUUCUGAAAUUUCAGACCAUGACACCAUUUUGAUGUAGCCUAAUUUACUUUGGAAGCUUUGAAGAAAAUUGUUGUAUUAUAUUUUUGUCAAUAAUUAUUUGCACUGAAAAUAUUGUAAAUAAAACGUUUCUU